AUGAAUGCAUACAGACGACUCCCCGCUCCCCAGAAAGCAGCGUCUGCCUUAACUUUCGAGACACGCGUCAAGCCUCUGCUGCUUACAUUCCAACGAAUUGUAACCCGGAGUCGAGUCAAAGUUGGGGAAACGCUGCGGGCGGCGGCCAGAAUUAAAGCAAUCCCUCCUCGCCAUAUACACAGUACUAGCCUUUUUUUGGACCGGGCAGAAAUCUCUCCUGGUUCCUUUGGUGCCCACUUUCCCUUCCCUCGUGCCAAGGGGCAAGUUUGCUUCGGGCACAAGGCUGCCUUCUGGGGCGACGGCAACUUCCCCCGCCCGCGACCCCCUCGCCAGCCAGCCAGCCAGCCAAGCCGCCCGCGCCUUCUCCUUUCCCAGCUCGCUCCUUACCUUUUGCAAGAGCCACUGGCUAAGGAGGAGAUGCACCCAGCUAAGGACCUUCAUGUUUCAAGGCAAAAAUCUUCCGCCAGCAUUGAGAGCGCGGCGGAGAAGGGGGAGGGUGGGAGAAAAAAAGAGAGAGAGAGAGGUGGGUCUGGAGGAGGUGUGGGGAGCGCGAAGAAAGGAAGACCACCAGCAGCAGCAGGCACCCCCCCCCCCAAAAAAGGGGGAAAACAACAAAAUCCUUGCGGUGGGAAGGAGACCGCGAAAGAGCUGUGCGGGAAGGAGGAGCAGCAGGUAUCCGGAGCAGCAAUCCAAGAUGCACUGAGAAUUGAGGCGGGGGGGGGUGGAGAAAGUUGACUCUGCACUUGAUCGGAAGGAGGGGAGCGCGCGGAGAAGAGACGGGCGUGAGUUGCAUGCGCCCUGCCCAAGAUGCUGGCAGGGAAGGGGGCGCUGGCGGCGACGGGGGGGGCAUGUUCCUUAAUUCCCUAGUUCACCAAUCCCAGUCCGCCCGCCGCUGAUGGGAGAGGGUGUUGCGAUUUUUCUUCCUACACCUCUUCCUGGGAGGGAAAGAGUCUGGGGGCAAAAAAAAAAUGUGGACGGGGGAGGGGCGGAGAACAUGCUGAAGAAGUUAAAAUUGUACUUUUCACAGAAGAGAGUAGGGUUGGUUGGUUUGAACUUGUGAUCUCAAGGGGAAGGAAGACAUCAAAGGUUGCCCCCGCCACCCCCUCCCCACACUCGGCAGCAUACGCGUAAAUCCGUUUACUUCAGUGGGUUCAGAUCCAUGCGCAAAAUCGCAGGGUGCAGUAUGUUAAAUCUUCCAGUUUGAACAAGAGAUGGGGGGGGGGGGGCUAACCAGGGGACAGUAUACAAUAAGGUUUAAUCUGAGCUCUCGGAUCUGUUUUCAGCCAUAGUGAUCAGUCUAACUGGGGUUGUAUGCAACUAUAGGCUAACCUUGCCAUUUUACUUUCUAUAUAGGUAAUAUUUCAAAAAUGUCAGAAGACUGCCUAUCUUUUGGCAGGGGUGCUUUUAGCGCCUAGUACAUGUUAAGUUUUUGAUGAUUAUUUUUAUAAAUUUCUCUGAAAUGUGAUAAUUAAUAAAAUAAUUUCCAGAGGGGUGGGUGUGCCCUAACAAAUGUUUUAAGGUGCCUCAAGACCUCUCUGACAAAGAAAAUAGUGCCCUCAAGCAUGCGCAGAGUUUGUGCCAGGUUAUUUUCACUUACCACUAAGAAAGCUUACGCAUCUUGGAUUUUGGGGAGGGUCUUUCAUAGCAGUAGACACUUAGUUCCAGGUGGGCUUGAAUCCCAUCACCAAGAAUUUAAUUGUUUCAUAGAGAACUGGAGACCCAUCCACUUCAAAAUCAAAAUCCCCUUUAUAUUCCACAGCCACCCGCACCUACCUAAAGACAGAUGCUGCCCCAUCAAGGACAUGAUUCUUCCCAGAGGCCCCUCUGCCCUCCAGUUCCUACCCCCGAAGCAAGCUGACUUGAAGAACCUGCCUCUUGUGUAUGCAGAGGAUGCCCUUAUAUAUUCUAAGGUGUCUGCCGCCUCAUAUGCGGGCAGUAAUUCUUUCAUUUCAGCAGAAAUACAUAUUCAAGUGUUAUUUUUCUUCUCCC